AUGGAUAAGUUAAGCAUAAAGGUUGAUGCUUUAAUUAGAGGAUUUAGUCAUGCAAAAGAUGUUGGUAUAGGAAAUAUGCAUUGUAUCAAUGAUUUUCCUUCUUAUGGGCAAGAGAUUGGAAAUGAGCAAGUUGAUUUUGUUGGAAAUUAUAAUCAGAAACCACAACAACAGCAGAAUUUUCAGCUAAACAAAGUACCACCUAGAUUUCCACCACAAAGGAAUCAAAAUGCACCUGUUCCACAACCAUCAGUUCAGUCUUCAGACCAAGAUUCAAUUUUAAAGUCUAUGAUGGAGAAUUUCUUAACUGCUCAACAAAAACAAGGAAAAAUGAUUCAGCAAUUAACUUCAAGGAUAGAUCAGCUUGCCAUUCAUAACAGGAUGUUGGAAAACCAAAUAGCUCAACAAGCAAGUUCUUCUAGCAAAGCACAAGGAAAACUUCCAAGUCAACCAGAGAAUCCUAGAGAACAUUGCAAGGCAGUGAUCCUAAGGAGUGGGAAAAUUUUGGGAGAUGAAAAGAAAGAUGAGGUAGAAGAGGAAAAGAAGAAAGAAGAUGAAGACAAUAAUGAAUCUACUUCAAAUCAUGAUGAAGUUAAUGAGGAAGCAAACAAAAAGAAGGGAAUUGAAAAAGAAGAAGAGGAAAAGUAUGUGCCUCCACCACCAUACAAGCAAUCAUUGCCAUAUCAUGCAAUUUCUCAAUUGCCCUCAUAUGCUAAGUUCCUGAAAGAAAUUUUGUCAAAUAAGAGGAGACUAGAAGAUUAUGAAACUGUGGCAUUGACAGAGGAGUGUAGUGCUCUCUUACAGAAUAAGCUCCCACUGAAGUUGAAGGAUCCAGAAAGUUUCUCUAUUCCUUGUCACAUUGGGGACACUAACAUUGACAAAGCAUUGUGUGAUCUUGGAGCUAGUGUAAGUUUGAUGCCUCUCUCUAUUUUUGAAAAGUUGAAGGUUGGAGAAUUGAAGCCAACAACCAUUUCUUUGCAACUAAUUGAUUGA